GAAGCGGCCGCUGGCAGCGGAGCUGUGUCCGGGAGGAGCAGCUGUACACCGGGUCAGCUGCUGCUGGAUGGAUGUAAACAGAGUGUGAUGCCGCUGUGUGAUGGGAGAAGCAGCCGAGCAGGAUGGGCAACAAGCAGACAACCUUCACCGAGGAGCAGCUGGAGGCGUACCAGGACUGCACCUUCUUCACCCGCAAAGAGAUCCUGCGGUUACAUGGCAGAUAUCGUGAGCUGGCUCCACAUUUAGUGCCGCUGGAUUACACCAACAAUCCGGACAUCAAAGUUCCUCUGACGCUGAUCGUCACCAUGCCUGAGCUGAAGGAGAACCCGUUCCGAGACAGGAUCGUGGAGACGUUCUCGGAGGACGGUCAGGGGAACCUGAGCUUCAACGACUUUGUCGACAUGUUUUCUGCACUCUGUGAAACUUCCCCCAGAGAGCUGAAGACCAUUCACGCCUUCAAGAUUUACGACUUCAACAGGGACAGCUUCAUCUGUAAGGAGGACCUGCAGAAGACCCUGAACAAGCUGACCAAAGGCGAGCUGACGGCGGAGGAGGUGACGCUGGUGUGUGAUAAAGCCAUCGAGGAGGCCGACCUCGACGGAGACAACAAGCUCUCCUUCUCCGACUUCGAGAACAUGAUCUCCAAGGCUCCGGACUUCCUGAGUAACUUCCACAUACGAAUAUGAGACGCCGCCGUCACAGCAGCAGCUGAGAUCCUGCCGAGGAAAGAUGUCUCACUUUGACCCGCUUCCUGAUCCGACGGUGUUCAUCCUCCAGACUCCACCUCCACCUGAACCUCAGUCCCACCUCGACACAGUGCCUGUCCUUUCUAUCGCCGGUGGAGAGUCUUCUUCUCCGGCAGAACCUGAGACCUGACAGAGUCUCCUCUGGACUCAGAAGCACAGGCUGGUUUUUUUUUGGGCCAAAUUUGCGUCUUACAAAAGUGACAGCGGGGACAUUUCAGAGAGAGAGAGACUGCAUGAUACCUUUCUCCUCAGUUAAAUCUGAGCUGUUUGGAGGUGGAUGUUCAGGAGCGAUAAACCAAGACGAGGCUGAUUUUAUAUCAAGAGAGUGUUUCUGCACCGGGGCUGAUUUCGGUCUGUCCUGCACGAACGAGGACGACGCUGCAGAGGAAACAGAUCAGGGCUUUUCUGACUUCAGUGCUUUGCAGAAAGGCCAGAUCACUGACAGGAUUUUUUUAAAAAAGCACAGUUUUAAAGGGCAAAACAGUCAAGAGCUAUGCAAUCUUUCUUCAUGGAGCGCAUGUUGUAAAUUGCUUCUAGCUGUUGUUUAUUUGUACAUGUGGUUUAGUGAAGCGUACUGGUGCAUAAUGACAAUCAUAGUAAACUGUAGUUCAGUUGAUGGAAGGGCUCUCUGUCAUCUCACCUGUAAACUUUGUCUCUGAUAAACUUGAUAUAACAGCUGUCACUCGUUCAACAGAAAAUGUUUUCGGGCCAGAAUGAAAUAAAAGAUUUUUCUCUGUUGCUUUGCUGCUCCAUGAAGCUUCUUACAAAAGAAAAGCCAUCAGAUCCAGAACAUCAGGCCGACUCUGAGGAACAGGACGCUUCAGCUUCUGUUCUGAGCUUUUCUUUCAAAUGUCUUCAGAUGAUCAUGAGAUUCACUAUAAAAACAGCCUUCUUUUAUUUAUUUGUGUGUCAAACACAAGACAAAGAUCAACUCCACAUCAUCUGAUCAAUCACUAAUUAGUUCUGAAUUAGCAGCAGUGAAGUCCAGUCUGACAGCUCCUCCAUCCUCCAUCUGCUGGUCCUGGUCCUGAAGAGGGACUCUGUUUGAAGACUUUAAACACACAACAUGUAAUUUCAGCCGUUAGGCGUCUCA